UAAAGAGUGAAGAAGUGUGAUUUGGUGACAAUUUUCCCACUAAAUUUCUGUAAUUUUGAUGUGCCAACUGCUACCACUACCACCAAAUAAUGCCCCUCCUCACACUUAGGCCCUUCAUCUUCUUCCGCAUCACAAGGGCAUUUUCAUCAAUGGCCACCUCCGUCACCUCCUCCAUCGCUGUCAGCCCCACCGUAACCACCAAAGCCCGCCUGCGAGGCGUGGUGUUCGACAUGGACGGCACAUUAACGGUUCCCGUAAUCGACUUCCAGGCAAUGUAUAGGGCAGUGUUAGGCAAAGAGGAGUAUGUGAAAAUAAAGUCGGAAAAUCCAUCUGGGAUUGAUAUUUUGCACCACAUUGAGACAUGGAGCCCCGAUAAGCAGAAACAGGCUUACCAAAUUAUUGCGGAUUUUGAGAAACAGGGCUCGGAUCGCCUCCAAAGUGCUUCAGAACUUUGUGAAUUUCUUGAUUCGAGGAAUAUCAAAAGAGGAUUAAUCACGAGAAAUGUCAAGGAAGCAGUUGAUUUGUUUCAUCUACGCUUUGGUAUGAUGUUUUCUCCUGCAUUAAGCAGGGAGUUUCGGCCUUACAAACCAGACCCGGCUCCCUUGCUACAUAUCUGUUCAAAUUGGGGAGUGCAGCCUGGUGAGGUUAUGAUGAUUGGAGAUAGUCUUAAGGAUGAUGUGGCCUGUGGGAAAAGGGCAGGAGCUUUUACUUGUUUGCUCGAUGAAACAGGACGGUACAAUUCUCCUGAAUACCAGAGCGUGGAAUUCAAACCAGAUUACAAAGUAUCUUCCCUUGUUGAAGUUCAUUCACUCCUGCAAAAUCAUUUCAACCUGACUCCUUGAUUCCAACACUGGGACUUGGGAUGAAGUGCUGACAUGUUGAACUCAUAUACACAGUGCAGUCAUCAACAAGCAUUUAUGUCAUUAGGGAACUCCGCUCACCAAUAAAAGAUGGAACAUAUAGAACGAAGAAAUUGAAGAUGCAGAUGUGUAUCUAUAAUGGAGAAGACGAAAACCAGCGAUGAACCAUGGCCAGACACUCCACCGGUUUGCAUUCUGGAGCUGUGUGGCCGGCACCCUGCAGCAACGAUAUUCAUCGAAUUUCAGAUCAGGAUUUUACAUGCCUGCUUUACUUAUUCUUGAACUUAAUGUGACUGUUGGUGUUGAGAUUCUACCUUUAUCGUUGCGAAAGUAAGAUGAAAUUCAUCUCUCUUGUACCUCUUUGUGAAUCUACACAGGACAAAUAUUUGUAGCGCCAUUGACAGAUAUAUAUCAGC